UCAAGUAUUAGUCAUGUUAUUAGGACUCCUGUGCAUCCUGUAAAGCACCUGCUGUUUUGGCUAUUCAGGGGCUUUCCCAAUACACGUCCCUUGUUGGGACUUGCAGAUGCCACCCUGCCCUUGACACCCCAGUAGCCUGUACCCCUCCUACUCUGGCUCUGUUUUGUUUCUUCCACUCUCGGGAGGCCAUGCCUUGGGAAAAGGAAACUGAAACCGAAGGCAACUGGCCAUUGGUGCAGGCUGCUGGAGACACCGCCCCAUGACGUGUAUGCCUUGGACUCAUAAAGGGGCUGAGUCUGAUUCAGCAGCGGGAGCCUCUGGGAGCUGAGAGGUAGACUACUUGCUGUUGCCUGUAGAGCACCUUGUGUGACGCCCUACAACCAUGGGCUGGGACCUGAAGGUGAAGAUGCUGGCUGGCCAGGAGUUCCUGGUACACCUGACCAACUCCAUGACAGUGCCAGAACUGAAAAGGCAGAUCGCCAAGGAGACUGGAGUGCCUGCCUUUCAGCAGCGCCUAGCAAUCCAGCCAAAUAACAAGGUGCUGCAGGAUGAGUUCACCCUCACCCAACAGGGCUUGGCCCCUGGCAGCAUGGUCCUGCUGCUGGUGGAGGACUGCGAAAACCUCUUCAACAUCCUUGUGAAGAACAACAAGGGGCAGAGCCGUUCCUAUGAGGUCCAGCUGACACAGACCGUGGCGGCACUGAAGCAACAGGUUUCCCAGCAAGAGGGGGCACGGGAAGAUAUGUUCUACUUGAGCUUCCAGGGGAGGCCUAUGGAAGAUGAGCAUAUGCUGGGCGACUAUGGUCUAGGGUCCCAGUGCACAGUGUUCAUGCAUCUGCGCCUUCGCGGUGGCAGGGGAGGGCCCCCUACUGGAAUCAAGCUUUGGUAAUAAAGAUGGAAGCAGAGAAAGCACUGUCUGGU